AUUCCAUUGGAGACAAAGUUUGGUUGUCCACAAAGAAUCUUAGACUACAGAUUCCCAGUAAGAAGAUGGCAAGUCUUUACAUUGGACCAUAUUCAAUAAAACGAAUAGUAAAUCAAAAUGCAGUUACUUUAGAACUUCCUGAUAAUUUAAAGAUCCAUCCCACCAUACAUGUAUCUUUAUUAAAGCCUUAUGGAGAAUUACGUGACACCAGCACUUUACUUCCUCCACCUCCAACUGUUCUGGACCCUAAUGAGUAUGAGGUUCAUUCCAUAUUGGACUCUCGUAUGCGCUCUGGCAAAUUACAGUAUUUGAUACGCUGGAAAAACUUCUCAUCAGAUGAAGACUCUUGGGAACCUGCUUACAACCUCAAAGCUCCCAGAUUGAUUUCUGCUUUCCAUCGGAGACACCCAGAUCGUCCUCAUCCGGUAGCUGUGGAACAGCUCCCUUAGGGGGGGGAUCAUGUCAGGGACACUGUACCUUUAAGCAGUAACGUUCCUUUCUCUCCACCUAUUGGUUGCUUUCCUGUUAAAAUCCUGCAACUUCCUGGCAAUCACUGCUUAGUAAUUUUCGUUUGACCUACAAACUCUUGAAGACCUGAGCUAAACUUGAAAUACACCUGAGAAGGGAUAAAUCCACUGUUUAACUAUUUUCCAGUCUCACAAGGACAAAUUCAACUUCAUCGUCUGUGGCUGAAUACACCAAUCAAUCUGCAACUCAAUUCAUCAAAUCCUCAGAAGAGUUAUACUAAAUUACAUCGAAGUGAUAAGGAUAUCACAAC